GUCGCAGCCUCUGUGCUGACGACUGUAUACCUCGUGGCCUGUAUUGCGAGUACUCCAACCACUUAUAAUACCCGGCUUGUUAUUGGAGUAAUCUUUUGCAUACGGCUGAAUUAUUAUUAAUUUCGUACCGGUCUAUCCUAUAAAACUGUGUUCGUGCGUGAAGAUGUAGGACCGUGGUUUCUAUUGUCGCAGAGCACUUAUCUAUGUGAAAUUGUCAGGUCGGAAGGGACGGACAGCUAUUGGAAGCAUUUACAAGAGCUGUUACAAUAACAACGAGCAAAAUGUCAGGGCCGAUGGUGCUGUGUCAGUUGUGGGUGGGUGGUCUGGAGCCAUACAUGACGGAAAGCUUCAUCAUGAAUGCGUUUCACAAAAUGGGUGAACAGCCGCAGACGAUCAAAGUUAUGCGGAAUCGCUAUACUGGCGAGCCCGCAGGAUAUUGUUUCGUACAUUUUCCUACGGACGAAAUGGCGCUCGAUGCCAUGCACAAGCUAAACGGCAAGGUGAUACCCGGUUCAAAUCCUCCAGUAAGAUUCCGGCUAAAUCACGCCAGUACUUCAGGAAAACCUACCGCCGAGCGAGAAUUCAGUAUUUGGGUAGGCGAUCUCUCCACUGACGUAGACGAUUACUCUUUGUACAGAGCAUUCGCCUCGAAUUAUAACUCUAUCAGGACGGCUAAGGUAAUAUUGGACAGCUCUGGAUUCAGCAAGGGCUACGGCUUUGUUAGAUUCGCGAACGAGGAGGAGCAGAAAAAUAGUCUUGUUACUAUGAAUGGUUACAAAGGACUUGGAACAAAGUCUCUAAAAAUCUGCAACGCAGUGCCUAGACCUUGGAACAAAAUGUCUGGUUCGACGCCAUCGCAAUCAACUUCUGAGUACGCAGCAUCGAACAUGAAUUCAGAUUCGUAUAAUUACUAUGACACGUCGUCGUACUGGAAUAGUUACAGUGCUUGGCAACAAGGUUACUACGAAAGUGAACCGACGUCAGAUGCCUAUAAUAGUUAUGUAUCUGAUCAGAAACUCGAGGAAGAUGAAUUAGAAUUGAUCGAGCAUUCAAUCCCCACUGACGUCGAUAAAGUGAACAGAGAAAUGAUUGAACAAGAUUAUAAUUUCUGGGAUGCUUUGGAAAGUUCAAAAUGGAUUCCAUGUGACACUGUAGAAUUAUGCUAUUAAUUAUUAAGAACAAAAAAUGAAAGCUACAACAAAGAUACAUAUAUUACCAUGUUUACCACUCACGUAUAUGCAACACGAAAAAUGUCGAAAAUAAAUUUCAUACAUCUUUUAAA